AAAGAACACUACAGUGAAAACCCAGGCUGUUACGUUCGGUGAAGAAAAUAGCAGGGUUGCUGUGAAUCUGAGCGGUCAGGGUCACGGCGUUCCCUUUUGGAGGAGAGUGGGGUAUUGCGCUGCUGAAAUGUUUACUACAAGCAUGCAUUUGUGUAUUAGAUAUGUGUAGCUUCACUGGCCUUGGAAGGUCCCCAGCACCAAAAUAAAUAACAUUUCUGAGGGAGGGAAGAACAGCAGGUGCGUGUCGAUCCAACCCGAAGGACCAGGUGGUGGAAGGCGCAUUUGCGAACCCUGGGGAGAAAAAGAUUUCUCGUGAUUCCGCAGUUCGGCGUAGGGGAGCAGCUAGAGAAAAGACCUCCGCUGAUUUGAUGAAACUGCUGAACUUUAUCUUGGGAUCAGCGUGGUGCUAAGGAAAGGUUUUCAUCGGGGAGCCACAGCAGCUGAUGAAUGGACAAUCAGACUGUUCUGGCCGUCCAAUCAUUGCUGGAUGGCCAAGGGCCAGUGCCUGAUCCCACCGGACAAAGUGUCAGUGCACCACCUGCCAUCCAGCCACUAGAUGACGAGGACAUCUUUCUCUGCGGGAAGUGUAAAAAGCAGUUCAACUCACUGCCGGCCUUUAUGACCCAUAAACGUGAACAGUGCCAGGGAAAUGCCCCCGCCCUGGCCACAGUCUCACUGGCUGCCAACAGCAUCUACACGCCCUCUGCAGCACCUGCCGCCGUCCAGCAGGUCCCGCCUCCUGCCAACCGCCAGAUCUCCACAUACAUCACAGUGCCCCCAUCCCCACUGAUCCAGACCCUGGUGCAAGGGAACAUCUUGGUGAGCGAUGAUGUGCUCAUGUCUGCCAUGUCAGCCUUUACAUCCCUGGACCAACCAAUGCCUCAAGGGCCCCCACCUGUGCAGAACAGCUUGAACAUGCAUCCUGUGCCCAACUACCUCACCCAGCCUCCACCCCCUCCUCCACCCCCUCCACCCCUACCCCCACCUCCCCAGCCUCCUCCUCCCCCACCCCAGACCCUGGGUCCUUCUGGGCGCUCCAACCCUGUUGGGAAUGGUGUGGUGGAGGUGUACAGCGCUGCCGCUCCCAUGGCGGGAAGCGGAACUGUGGAGAUCCAGGCGCUGGGGAUGCAGCCCUACCCACCCCUGGAGGUGCCAAACCAGUGUGUGGAGGCUCCAGUGUACCCCACACCCCCGGUGUACAGCCCUGGCAAGCAGGAAUUCAAACCAAAAGGACCCAGCUCCACCGCCCCCAUGACCAGUGCAACUGGGAGCACAGUGGCCACUUUUGACUCUCCACCAACGCUGAAGACCAGACGUGCUAAAGGUGCCAGUGGACUUGCAGAAGCUGCAGGGAAGCCAAAGGCUCAGAAGCUCAAAUGCUCCUACUGUGGCAAGUCAUUCACCAAAAACUUUGAUCUCCAGCAACACAUCCGAAGCCACACAGGGGAGAAGCCGUUCCAGUGCAUUGCAUGUGGCCGCGCCUUCGCCCAGAAGUCUAAUGUCAAGAAGCAUAUGCAGACUCAUAAGGUGUGGCCUCCCGGGCGCAGUGGUGGCACCGUGUCCCGAAACUCUCUCACAGUACAGGUCAUGGCUUUGAACCCCAGCAGGCAAGAAGAGGAAGACACAGGAUUGGGCCAGAGCCUGUCCAGCACCACACAACCCCAGGCCUUGCCCUCGCCAGGUGAGGAGGCAAGUGACAAGCCAGACGCCAAGCAGGUGGUCCUCAUCGACAGCUCCUACCUGUGUCAGUUCUGCCCCAGCAAGUUCAGCACCUACUUCCAGCUCAAGUCUCACAUGACCCAGCACAAGAAGGAGCAGGUGUACAAGUGCGUGGUCAAAAGCUGUGCCCAGAUGUUUCCCAAGCUGGACACCUUUCUGGAGCACAUCAGAAGCCACCAGGAGGAGCUGAGCUACCGCUGCCAUCUCUGUAGCAAGGACUUCCCCUCACUGUAUGACCUGGGCGUGCACCAGUAUUCCCACAGUCUCCUGCCGCAGCACAGCCCCAAGAAGGACAGCACCGUCUACAAGUGUGUCAAGUGUGUCAACAAAUACUCCACUCCUGAGGCCUUGGAGCACCACGUACAGACGGCCACUCAUAGCUUCCCCUGCCCACACUGCCAGAAGGUCUUCCCCUGUGAACGCUACCUGCGGCGUCACUUACCCACCCACGGCAGUGGUGGCCGGUUCAGGUGCCAGAUCUGUAAGAAGUUCUUCCGGAAGGAGCACUACCUCAAGCUGCAUGCCCACAUCCACUCAGGUGAGAAGCCCUACAAAUGCUCAGUGUGCGAAUCUGCAUUCAACCGCAAGGACAAACUGAAGAGACACAUGCUGAUCCACGAACCCUUCAAGAAGUACAAAUGUCCCUUCUCGAUGCACACAGGCUGCAGUAAGGAGUUCAACCGGCAGGACAAACUGAAAGCUCAUAUCCUCUCCCACGCUGGCCUGAAGCUCCACAAGUGUGGGCUGUGUAGCAAGUCCUUCAGCCGCAGAGCCCACCUGGCCGAGCACCAACGCGCGCAUACGGGCAACUACAAGUUCCGCUGCGCAGGCUGUGCCAAGGGCUUCUCGCGACACAAAUACCUCAAGGAUCACCGCUGCCGCUUGGGCCCCACAAAGGACAAGGACCUGCAAGCCCGGCGGCCUCCCCGGAGGAGGGCAGCCCCGCGUGCUGGUAGCAGCAUUAUCGGCGUGCACAAGGAGGACAGCCCCAUGUCCGACCCAUUGGGGCUGGAGGAACUGAAGGCCGCAGGACCCGCGCCCGAGGCGGCCCCUGGCAAGCCUCCCUUCGAGCAGGAUGCCGUGCUGUCUAUCGUGGUGGGUGGGGACCCAGAGCUGGUGGUGCCGGGACACACGGAGGGUCUGGGUUCCAACCUGGCACUGGCCGAGCUGCAGGCUGGGACUGAGGGAGCCUGUGCCAUGCUUGCCGUUCCUGUCUACAUCCAGGCCUCAGAGUGACCAUACCGAACUUUCCAGAGGGGCCAUUGGCGCAAACCCUUUUGGAAGUUGCUGUAUCAACCUUGUCCCAGGGCUGUCUUCCUAU